AUGGAUGACAAAAUUUGUAUAAACGUUGGUGGAACAGUAUUUAGAGCAAAGAUGUCGACCCUUCGAAAGUAUCCCAACACGCUUCUUGGAUCAAUUUCCUUUGAAUCAGAUUGCUACGUCAAUGAGGAUAAGUCAUUCUAUUUUGACAGGAACCCAGAACUUUUUAAUACAAUUUUAGACUUUUACAGAAAUGGUUGCAUUCAUCUUCCGAAUCAUCUCUGUGGAUUGUUAUGGGAAACUGAACUGAAAUUUUGGAAAAUACCUCUAACUGAAAUUUCCGAAUGUUGUUAUAAGACAGUGUCAUCAUAUAAGAAAAGGGUGAAUAUUUCAAAUAUGUUAAGAGCCGUGUUUUUUACUCGGAACCAAUCGGAAUGCACUUCAACCUCUGUCUUAGGAAAAUGUUGUCAUAGACUAUGGCUGUUCCUUGAUGAACCGUCUUCGUCCAUUUGGGCCAGAGUUUUCAGUUUCGUAUAUUUAAGCAUAGUUUUAAUUUCUGCAAGUUUACCAUGCUUGAUAACACAUCCGGGAAUUCGAAUAGAACACACAAAUACCGAUGCAUUUUUGAAGAAGGCUGAGUAUAUAAACUUAAAAUUUUGGAUGAACAAAGAUAAUCCAAAAGAGAUGCAUUUGGCAACUAGUGAACAGCCUAUUUGGCUGUAUAGAACGAAUCUAGCAGUUAAUGUCUUCUUUUCAGUAGAGACAGUAUUUCGCUUUUUAACAUGUCCAUUCAGGAAACGGUUUUUGAAAGAAUGGCUCAAUAUUUUGGAUAUUUACUUGUUCGUCAUUAUGUGGAUACGAUAUGGAGUUAUACAAAACUACAGGAAUGACUUAAUAACUAACAUACGUUUGGCUUACUUCCUUUGCUUUUGUGAAGCAGUAUCGGUGUUGCGUCUCUUUAGAUUUUUUCGACUGGCAAAACAGUACAGUAGCCUACGGAUAUUGUUUAUAACUAUAAAAGACAGUGUAAAAGAGCUGUUGUUGCUUCUGAUCACAUUUAUUGUCUUUGGUUGGAUGUUUGCAAACUUGAUAUAUUACACAGAAAUAAGAGAACCAGAAUCGUUCCCAAAUAUGUUAGUCGGCUUUUGGUGGUCAGUUGUAACCAUGACGACUGUCGGUUAUGGAGAUGUUUAUCCUGUUGGUCCAUUAGGAAGGGUAGUUGGAGUUUUGUGUAGUUUGUGCGGAUUAUUAGUUCUAGCUAUGCCAAUAGCAAUCAUUGCGAGUAAUUUUGAUAACCUAUGUAGGCAAAAUGAAGAACGGGAGGCUUACGCUAAUGUGCAAAUGAGCCAUAAAUCGAACACAUCAAAAACCGCAUGCAAUACUUCAAGCAUUAACCCAGCUAAUAAAUAAUCAAUAAUUUGGAAUAAACAAAUGAAUAGAUGCCAUACAAAUAUCCAGUUUGAGGUUAUUCGAAUAAUGUAACCAUCUAGAAAGUAAAAUGUCUUAUGAAAGGUCGAUAUAGUUUCCGUUGAUUGAAUUAAAAAAAUAAUAAAAGAGUAAAGAUUGAUGGUUAGGCGUAUUAUUUAUAUAGAAAAAAAUCAAAUUUUAAAUAGGAUCAUAUACUUUAACUUAUUAUUCCGUAUGUCUACUGUAUAUAUGUUGUUCAGCAAAUCAUGUUCUUUCAUUCUGUG